UGCCUGUGCUGACUGCGUGCUAAAUCUUAACGCAGAUUGCGCCAUCAUCCCCGGCUACACCCUUUCGCCUGGUGCUGACCACUAUGGCGAUGACAUCAACUGUCAAAUAACCACCGCUAAUUGGGGAGCCAGCAUUUGCUCGAGCAGAUCAGAUUGCAAAGCAUUCAAUUCCUACACCAUCCAGGAUGGAACGCAGUGGAGCUGCGCCAAACGUGUAGCCAGUCCGCUGGCCAACGCAAAUGGUAUUUGUUUCUACACCAAGAUUAAUAAUCCCUGUGCUCAAGUCCCGGGUUACAAACUGGCAGCGGACCAGGAUCAUUUCGGAGACGACAUUUACUGUGUCCAGCUUAGCCUAACAGAUGCCAUCAGCCGUUGCAACUCCGACACAAGGUGCAAGAGCUUUAACACCUGGUACCUGAACAACGACGGAUCGGCUUAUGCAUGCUUGAAGACUGUGGGUACUCCAACGACACCGAAGGCUGGUGUUUGUUCAUACGUAAAGGUUUAGCGUCGUGAAUAAGGUAGAGAAGGUAGGACAUGGGGGAUAGUGUUACUGCAUGCGCAUGCAGGAAAGCCUAAGCACCGUAACCUAAGCUGGUACGCCCGCUUAUUCAUAUGUAGUGUGCGGUGUUUGCUGCAUGUGCAACUUGUGGUGCGGACUUCGUUGAUGUGUACAAGGGAAAGCCGUCAAAACAAUCGUUGCGUCGCUACCCGCUGGCUUGAUGUCCGCAUAAGAUUAUUGGGUAGUGGAUUCAAGAUUUUCCGGUAUGAAGGGGUUAGACCCGCCGCUUAUGUGGUUUGGCCUUCCAUCCUACACGGAACAUUAUAGGCUUUGGGGAGAAGGCAUUAACUCAAACCCUAAGUCAAUCCUUCUCGGGGUUCUAUCUCCGCUGGUUUGUCUUCCUUGUCAUCUCCUUUGGUUGCUCUUUCGGCUUUCCCCAAACAAAAGGGAGCUGAAGUCAACUGAUGCGAGUAAACGAAGGGGAUAACCGAAGCAGAUGACAAGGAAGACAACUUGUCCGGUUUGAAACCUGUGAAGAUAGAACUCCGAGAAGGUUUGAUUUAUAAUUAGGGUUUAAGUUAACUCCUUCCGCUUUCCAUCCUUGCCACCCUUUAGUGGGUUACACUCGAUAGGCUGAUCUUCAAUUUCUGAAAUUGUAGUAGAUGGUCGCUGGAAAGGCCUUCUCAAAAUGCUGGCUGGGCACUUUAGGGCGCAUUUCUAGGCUAUGCAAUUGUAAUUGUUAUGUUACAGAGUGGGAGGCUUCUGGGCCGCUUUAUCACAUUGUAAGUUCUACGAUUUUAUCACCUUAUAGCAUCAUCCACCACUACCACACUGUACUUCGCCAUACGAACUGUAAGUCCAAGGCGGCGGAUCCAGCCUUCAGGGACCCCUCCUCAUCCAUUCACCCGAACACCCGAAGAGACGGAGGGUUCGGCAAUCGCCACCAAUCCAGCGUGCGAAUCUGGUCCAUCAACUGUGACCUCAACUCCACAUCUCAGCAGCUAGCCAUAAUCUCGCGUUCCCAACUAAUUCGGGGGGCUCCCCGGGAAUCGAACUCAGGACC